UGGUACCUGCUGCGGCGCGCGUCGGGACGUGGAGAGCAUCGGGCGCGGGCGCUGUGGGCAGGCUGCGGGCGGCCGGAGCCAUGACGUCCCUCAGUGAGAAUGUCCUCUUUGGGAUGGGAAAUCCUCUUCUUGACAUCUCUGCUGUCGUCGACAAGGAUUUCCUUGAUAAGUAUUCUCUGAAACCAAAUGAUCAAAUCUUAGCUGAAGACAAGCACAAGGAAUUGUUUGAUGAACUUGUAAACAAAUUCAAUGUUGAAUAUCAUGCUGGUGGCUCUACCCAGAAUUCAAUUAAAGUGGCUCAGUGGAUGAUUCAGCAGCCACACAAAGCAGCAACGUUCUUCGGCUGCAUUGGGGUGGAUAAAUUUGGAGAGAUUCUGAAGAGCAAAGCUGCCGAGGCCCACGUGGACGCUCACUACUAUGAGCAGAGCGAGCAGCCAACGGGGACUUGUGCCGCCUGCAUCACUGGUGGCAACAGGUCCCUUGUAGCUAAUCUUGCUGCAGCCAAUUGUUACCGGAAGGAGAAGCAUCUGGAUCUGGAGAAAAACUGGAUGUUGGUAGAAAAAGCGCGAGUGUAUUAUAUAGCCGGCUUUUUUCUCACAGUCUCCCCAGAGUCAGUAUUAAAAGUAGCUCAGCAUGCUUCUGCAAACAACAGGAUUUUCACCUUGAAUCUGUCUGCGCCAUUCAUUAGUCAGUUCUACAAGGAAAGCUUGAUGAAAGUUAUGCCUUAUGUUGACAUCCUUUUUGGAAAUGAAACGGAAGCUGCCUCUUUUGCUAGAGAGCAAGGCUUUGAGACUAAAGACAUUAAAGAGAUAGCAAAAAAGACACAAGCUCUUCCAAAGGUGAACUUGAAGAGGAAGCGAAUCGUGAUCUUCACCCAAGGGAGAGAUGACACUGUAAUGGCAACAGAAAAUGAAGUCAGUGCCUUUGCUGUCUUGGAUCAAGACCAGAAAGAAAUCAUUGACACCAAUGGAGCCGGAGAUGCAUUUGUUGGAGGGUUUCUGUCUCAACUGGUCUCUGACAAGCCUCUGAAGGAAUGCAUCCGUGCCGGCCAUUACGCAGCAAGUGUCAUAAUUAGGCGAACUGGCUGCACCUUUCCCGAGAAGCCAGACUUCCACUGACGGAAGAGCAGCAGGUCCCACCCGUGUGCAGACACGGCCCUGCUUGCUCCCCGAGAGUCCCCACAACAACCAUGAGACGAUCUGUCACCUUUCCUACUGCAAUCAUAGUCGUUCUUCAUUUAGACGGCACAGUAAUGCUGGCUGAAUCUUUAGUCUCUCCACAAUCUGAAAGAAAAAAAGUUCAUGACCAUAAUUUGCUAGUGCCUCUUAAGUGUCAAUAAAACAGGAAUAUAACAUUUCCAUAGUAAUUUUUAUUUCAUUUUCAAUGAUUUUGUAAAUUCAUCUGUAUUUAGCAAAUUGAUCAGUUUUUUUUUUUUUUUUUAACAUUUCUGCCUUAAAUGCAGGUACAAUUUAAUAUAAUAGACUUUUUAAGGUUAAACCUAAAACAUCAAUCUUUAGCUUUUUAUAUAAAUAUAUGUAACUGGGGAGUACGUGUGCAUACAUACAUGCAUAACCCUCACCCAUACACUGAUAAGUACUCAGAUAAGGUACAGACACUCUCUUUGUGCCAAGUUAUUCCAAAUUACCUCUUCAGUAUGCCCCCAAAUGUGUGAUGGACUUCAGAUAAUUGAGUAAUUUGCCAAAAUCUGCAGUAUGUUACAAUAUUCCAAUCAUAACCUUAUGGCUUACUUAUGGUACUCUGUAAUUUGAUACAAAUAAAAACAUGUUCUACGGGGAUUAUUUUUUUCUCUCUUUGGCCUGUGUUCAAUAAAACUAAGAAGAAAGAUGA